AUGAAAUGUAAGAAUCAUGAAAACUUAAAAUUGGAUGUUUCAAAUCAAAUUCGCGCAUUCAAGAAUAGGUUUGAAACCCUGAAAAGUAAGUUAUUCUUUAUUUACUUCCAAAAACAAUUUUCGAAAUUUUCUUCCAGAUGAAAAUGAUUCUGCUGGAAUGUUUGAAAUAGUUCAAGAAAUAUCGAAAAUGCUGAAAUAUUCUGGAGAGCUUAAAAACCUAUGGAUAUUAGAUUCGUUGAGAAAAUCUAAAUCAUUUUUGUUGAAAUUUUUGAUUUCUAUGAAUUUCCGAUCAGUUAGCGACACAAAAUUCCCAAUUUAUGAUAUAUUUAUGGAAUAUUUCCCGGAAACUGUACGAGUAUUAGGUAAAUAUUUGAAAUAUAUUUAGGUAAAUUAAACAAAAUUUCAGAAAAUCGAUCAUAUGUUAUUGCAUUCGGAAAAAAUCGUUCCUUCAAUCUUGGAAUUCUUUCGGACGGAUGUCCUAUAGAAGAACCACGGAUUGUUCAAAUUCCAACAUGUAAAAAGAUUGUUAUGUCGAAUUUCCACACAAUAUUUCUGACUUUGGAUCAGCGAGUUUAUGGUUGUGGAAAAUCACAGAAUUUUAUUGUCAACAACCAAGAUCUUUCAUAUACUCCUCAACCUAAAUUGAUUGAAAUUGGGGAAGAAUCCGAGUUUCUUGAUGUCGCGGUCACUGAUAAAUUUACUGUUUUAGUAUCAGAAAGAUUUGUGAGUUUAUUUUUUAAAUUUAUAUUUAUUUAUCAAGAAAAAAACAAAAAUUCAGGUGUAUUUCAUUGGACAAUGCUCUUAUGCUUUUUCUUCAAGGGGAGCUACAUUAAUUGAUCAGAACUGUGUUCAAAUACCAUAUUCUAUGAAUACGAAACUGAAGAAUGUUUAUGCUUAUGAAAAAUCAACUGUUUUGGAAUUUGAAAAGGAAGACGUUAAUUAUGAAUCAACUGUGGUUUUUGGCCAGAUUACUAGUUCUGAGAAAUGUGAGAAAGUUUAAUGUUUUAACUUAAAAUAAUAAUUUUUUCAGUUGGCAGACAACAAUGUAGUGUUCGAUUGAGAGAAUCAAUUGAACUUUCGCUUUUCAUGGAAUAUGGAUCUAUUCAAUAUCAACCAGUGAAGACUGCACAUUUAGCAUUGAGGUUAGAAUUUAUGAUUAACUUGAAAUCGAAAAGCGAUAUGAAUCCAAAACAGUUUUUCGUGAAGCCAGGAACAAACGAGAUAAUUGUACAAUUUGAAAAUGGUAUAAUUGCGAAAGGUCAUCUCGAAUUUUUGAAAUUGGAUGAUGAAUAUCUGAUUUCACGAAGAGAAAGGGGAAUUCUGGAUGUUAUGAUGAGAUAUCAGCUUUUUGCGAUUUUAUCGGAGAUUCCUGGAACUUUUGGCAGCAAUGUUUUUUGCGCAUCACCUGAUUUGAAUAAUAUUUUGAUUCAAGUUGGAAAACAUGAUGAAAAUGGUUUGUUUUAUUUUGAAAAAAAUGAAAAAUAUUUUUGUUUAGAGAAAGAAGAGAAAUCACUAGCAGAGCAGCUAAAAAAUGAAAAUGAAUUGUUCUCAAAAAAUAGAAGAGCGAGAUUGAUCGAAAAACAAUUCAAAAAUAUGAUUUGGGAAAGAGAAAAGAUAUUGAAAAUGCGGGAUAUUCGUCGGAAAUUUGAUGCUCUUGAGGAAGAAUUGUGUAGGAGAAUAAUGGAAUUUGAUAAUUUAACUAUGGAAGAUAUCCAAUAUUUUUUAGAAUAUUUACGCAAUAUAGCAGAUUCUAAAUUCAUCAGAGAAUAUGACAUUCCGAUUGAAGAAUUGAUUGAAAUGAUUGAAGUGUUCGAACCGCGAUGGGGUAAGAACUUAUGCCAAAGUAUUCUAAGAUUUAUUAAAAUUUUUGCAGUAUUUUUUGACAAUAUGAGCGAUUAUCGGCGAAAUUGCCUUAUUGAGGAUAUAAAUAAGGCAAGGAGAAAUGAUAAUUUGAAUGAUAUCGAAUUGCGUACAGACAGGUAUUUUUCAAAAAAUUGUUUACGUGGGAAAUGUGUGUGUGUUUUUUUUGCUGCCCGACUCUCUGUAGAGCACAAAAAUAAGCCGAAAAAAAAUGUUGUGGCUCAGAAAAUAGGCUCAUGGAUUUGAAGAGCACAAUUGAAUUUUUCGGUAAAUUUUGUCGAUGUUUAGGAGAGUCGAUUGGCCAAAGGCAAAAGUUUUGACAAAAUUUUCCACGAAAAAAAAUUCAUUUGUGCUCUUCAAAUCCGCGAGCCUAUUUUCUGAGCCACAAAAUUUUUUUCUCGAAAAAAUAUGGAGUAUUUUGAAGCUGAAUCACGAAUUAUAAAUCUACAUAUUUUACAGAAAUCUGUGCCAUAUGAAUAAUGCUGUUAUAUUUUCAAAUUCGUGCAGAGUUAAUCUAGCAAUUAGGAGAUUUGAUGAUACCAAAGCAGUUGUGCAAUUAUUCGCGAUAUUUCUUGAACUUAUUCGAAAAUUGAUGAAUGGAGAAAAAGAAAUUGAUUCUGAAUUCGAAAUAAAGUUUCCAAGAAGAAAAUACAAGUCUGAAAAUGUAAGAGUUCCUCUGGUUUUUAGAAGAAGAAAAAAAACAAUUUUUUUGAACAGAUUAUCGAAAUUUUCCAAAAACGGAUUGAAGAAGGGGAUUUGGAUGAAUUUGACAUUCCUUUGGAUAUUUCGAUUAUAAGUCGUGAACAUAAUUUGAAAGAAUCUGCCAAUUCAAUUAUUCUAUCGAUGAUUUAUCCGGAAGCUAUGGAAUUUGUGGUUGAUGACAAAAUUGAGAUAGAUGGAAACUCUGACCUAUAUCAUUAUUUAUUCAAUCGUUCUCGAUCUGGAUUAGAAAUCGAACAUCGAGCUGCAAAUUCUUCAGAGGAAGAUGUUGUGAUAUUUUUGACGAGCGAUGGAAAAUCAGUUCAAAUUCAUCGGUAAGAAAUUAUCAGGUAAUUUGUUCUACAUAUUUUGAAGUUCAGAUAUCUUGUAUUGAUUCAUUCGAGACAUAUCAGUGCAAUGCUUCGAUUUACAUAUACACAAUAUGGAAUUGAAUCCUCUUCUUGCUCAAGUUCAUCUCAGAAAAUCGAAGUGAAAACUUCAAGCACUUCGAAAACUGUUAGAAAUUCGAUGGCAGCUCUCAAAGAUAUUCGAACACUUUUUAAUCGAAAUAUGAAUGAGGUAUGAGAAAUUUUGAAUAUAUCUAGAAAGAAAGAAGUUUGCAUUUCAGCUCAUCGAAAUCGUGUUCUUUUUCAAUUAUUUUAUGAUGUUCGAAGCGGUUCAAGACACAUUAGAUGUUAUAUUUUUGACAGCGAAUCCACAAAACUCUUCAUAUCUUCUACAAUUGUAUGAAAAUUUACCAGAAGAUACGAUGGAAAGAUUCUUGAAAUAUCCUUAUUUUCUAUUUCAAACCAAAUCUGAAUUGACAAAUGAACUUGUAUUGGAAUUUUCGAAAAGAGCGAAGAAACAUCCAAAAAUUGUGCCGGGGUCCAUAUUGUACCAUUUGGAUGAGAAUGCGUUUAUUGAGCGAUUUAUUGGGAAUGAUGGAGAUGUGGAAAAGAAUAUUGAGAGACGAAAACGGAGAUAUUCAUCGAAAAAUAAUAGUGUCUCCCGUUCUACUCAUGGAGCAACUCCCAACUCACCUAAGAGGAAACUGAAAUAG